AUGUCAAAAGAAUUCCGACAAUUGUCAAAAACAACAGCAUCGUCAUUACAAUGCAAAAUACUUUACGGAUUGAAAACAAAUAUUAUUGGCAAUGCUCAAUAUAUUACUGAUGGGGAUAUUCUUUAUCCAGUGGGUAAUGCAUUAUCAAUUCACAAUAUUUCCCAAAGGCGUCAAAAACUCAUUUUAUUACCGGAUAAACAACAAAUAAACAUUAUUGCCGUCUCGCCGAACCGAAAAUACGUGGCAGUAAGUGAUGUCGACGAAAAACCAACAAUUUCAGUUUACGAUCUUCAAAGUCUCAAGAGAAAAAAAACCCUUGGCAUACCGUACGAUGCACCAGGAGUGAAAAAAUUCUCCUGCAUCUCAUUUACCGCCGAUAGUAAAAAUAUCGCAGCAAUAACAGGCGAACCAGAUCAAAUGAUGUUAUUCUACAAUUGGGAGAAGGGCAAAGUCGAAUCGAACAUUAAAGUUGGAAAUUCCCAGAGUUCCGAAUCAAUUGUAACACUAUUGUCAUGUAAUCCCGGUGAUGUGGGAAUCGUAGCACUCGGCGGUCCAUACACGUUUAAAUUUCUCACCGUCUCCGAAACAGUUUGGCGUCCCUAUGGUUUUGCCAAAGCCGAAAAUCUCUUCAUCACCACAAUUGCCUGGCUCAAUAUCGAGAGACUCCUCGCAGGCACCAAGGACGCUCGAUUAUUAUUCCUCGAGAAUGGCGAAUUAAAAUUCAUCUUCAAUAUGCUCGAGACAAUAGUGAUGAAUUUGAAGAUCCGCGAGGAAUUCGUUCUACAAACAUCGAGUACAAGUUUGGAGAUUGUUCGCAAAGAAUCGAACAUCGACAUUGUUUGUUUGACCGUUAUUGGCAGUUGUUUCGUCUACGGUUUUGGUAAUGGAAAACUAAUCGUCUUCGAGCAAGACGGUCAGAAUAGGUACGUGAAGAAAAUCAUCUACCACGUACCGAGACAAAUUUCCAAAAUCGAAUCACAAGAUUUGUAUCGCAUUACUUCGAUAAAUUCGAAUAUUAGUUCGGAUCGUGUGAUAGUGACAACCGGUUGGUCACAGCUCUUCUCGGCGAAAAUCGCUGGAAAAUCCUCGCUACCAUCAUUAACAACCACCAACGAAAUAGAAACACUCGAUUUGGAAACAAUUGGCGAAAAUUUACAUCAUGGACCAAUAAUUGGUCUUUCGAUGUGUACGUGGAAAUCGAUUUUCAUCACCUGCGGGCAACACGAUCGCAGUGUACGAAUCUGGGAUUACGAAUCGGAAAAUCUGAUUAUGAUUAAACAGUACAUGGAGGAUAUUUUCACUGUUUCAUUACAUCCGAAUGGUUUGUUUUGUCUCAUUGGUUUCAGCGAUAAACUUCGAUUCAUGACAAUUCUAAUUGAUGAUCUGAUGAUUAUUCGGGAAUUUCCCAUAAAAAAUUGUAAAAUUGCUUCAUUUAGUCACGGUGGUCAUUUAUUUGCGGCUGUUAAUGGUAAUAUUGUUCACGUCUAUUCGACAAUGGAUUUUCGUUCACGUUUUCUAUUGAAGGGACACACGGGAACUAUUACCGGUUUUUCAUGGUCAAAAAUGGAUGCGAAAUUGAUAACGAUUGGUAAUGAUGGCGCUGUUUAUGAAUGGGAAAUGUUUAAUGGAACAAGAAUUACUGAAGUCAUUAUUAAGGAAGUCACGAUUAAUGGAGUUGUACUCUCAUCUGAUGAUUCGACAAUUUAUUGUAUUUCGAAUGAUAGGAAAAUUCACGAAAUAAAGGACAGUCUGGUAAUCAGAAGUUUUAACUGCAAUAAUUGGGAAUUGAGUCGGAUUAUUCUCGGAAAGGAUAAUCCAAUGAUGCUUCUUUCCUGUCCAGGUGGAACUGUUGUUUCGAUUAAAUAUCCUCUACAAGAACCGACUGAAUUUCAAGAUUUCCGUAUUCACAGCAGUGAUAUCACUGAGCUAGCUUUUGCCUACAAUGAGAGAACCCUAAUAACAACCGGCGUCGAUGGCACUUUAUGUUUCUGGAAAGUCACUCAUCCGGAUAUUCAAAUAAAAGACGAUUUCAUCGCAAAACAAGUUCUGAUAGAUCGAUCCGAUCUCAAAACGAAAAUACAACAAAUUCAAGAUUUGUCAAUUCGCGUAACGGAAUUAGAAACCGAGCACAUCUAUAAACUGAAACAAAACGAAAUUCAACACAACGAUACAAUUCGCGAUAUUCACCAAGGCUAUGGUGAGGCCAUCCAACAACUGCAAAGUAAUAUAGAAGAACUCGAAGAGGAUCACGAGAAUGAACUAAGCACAAUUAAUAACGAAAUAUCAAAACUAAAAUCAAACCACGAAAAGACAAUUCAGAACCUCGAGACAAAUUACGAGACAAAAUUGAUAACAGAAUACGAGAAGUACAACAAAUUCGAGAAACAACAUUUCCUAAUGCGACAAGAAAAUGACAAACAUAUCGAAGAACUCGAUCAAAUUAAAAACGAAAAUAUGAAAAAAUUGUCUUUAAAGUACGAGGAGGAACUAAAGAAAAAAAUUGACCUACUGGACGAACUCAAAGAAGAAAUGUCCCACCGAGAAAAAAUCAACGAGCAAAUGAGACUCCAAAUCGAGGAUGACGCCGAUCAAGAGAUCGUUCACCUUCGCGUCGAAAAUGAAAAAUUCCUCGAGAACGAGAGACAACUAAUUCUAAAACUCCGCGGCGAAAUUGGCCUAAUGCGCAACAAAUACCUAACAAGUCAAAAAAACGAAGAGGAACUAAUCCAAAAAAUCGACAAUUGGAACGAAGAACGUUCAUUUCUCAAGAAAACAAUCGAAAAUCUCGAAAAGGAACUAGACACCUCACAAAACAAAAUCCACGACAAAGAAUCAACAAUCCAUGAAAACGAAACAAAAAUAAAUAAUCUAAAGUCCGACAAACGCGAUUUAGAAAAAUACAAAUUUCUCCUCGACCAAAAAAUCACCGAACUCAAAACACAAAUCGAUCCAAAAGACAAAGAACUUCAGGAGCACAGGGAAAAAAUCCAUCACAUGGAAACAGAACUAAUAAACCUCCACAAGACCAACAUAAACAUCGAACUCGAAUAUCGUCACCUGAAACAAAAAUUCAUCACCGUAAAGCGUGCCAGUAAUUCCGAGUCCGAAAAGAACAAAAAAUGCCAAAUGCUCCUCAAGAGGAUGCACAUCGAUAUUUUUGACGUUGCUCGCCUAGUGCAAGAACCAAAGACCCUAAAAACAGCAAUUAAAAAACUCUACCACAAAUACUGCAAUGACGAUGCAUUCCUUAAUAUUCGUCGCGAGGAAUUUGACGUUCAGUGUGAAUUCAAUAAGCAGCGGGAUCAUUUGGAGCGAACGAUUGCAAGUCUACGGAAGCAAGUAUUUCAGGACACGUCCAAUGAGCAUAAACAGGAGAAACUUAUGGAUGAUAAUAUUUUAUUGUUGACGGAAAUAAAUCCUUUGCGUGAGGGUCUGAAAAAAGCGGAGAAACACAUUAGUGACAUGGAAUAUAUUUUGGGACUGAAGGGAAAGAAUGUCAGUCCCGAUGAAGCUAAACGCAAAUUGGCCAGGGCUUGUAAGAACAAUGAGAAAUUGCAAAUGAAAUAUAAAACCGAACUUCAGGAGUGUCAGCAAGAAAUUAGUUUUUUGAAGGAUGAUAUCAAACGAUUCGUGCAUAAAGUCGAACCUAGUGACUGAAAAUCUAAUAAAGAAAUUAAAAAUACAGUACAAAACUGAUGGUUAUUUUAGAACAGUAUUUUUUACUAAUUAGGUAAUCUGGCAGAAAUAUUUACUAAUGGUAUUUUUUACUAACAGUAAUUGUUUACAGAUAUUAAUUCUUAUUGACGUAUUUUUUACUGAUAGUAUUUUUCACUGGCA